ACAACGACACGAGAUAUAGCAAUAAAUACUACAAGGAAAUUUCACAUAUUAUUUCCUGAAGUUACACAUUUUUUCAGGAAAAUAAAAUCUGUAAAUGCAUUGGCGUAGCUCUCUAUAGACAACUUAAGGUAGGCUCCUACAGUGCGAAAGUGACCAUUAGGGGUAACUCAGUUGUAACAAAAGUAUUUUCUCUCUGUACUACGGAGCGGAUCGAUCAUUUAAGUGUAUAUGUAUAGUAAUCAGCUGGGAAAAUAAGACGAUAUUAACGGAGUUGCUGUUCAACAAUGGAUACACUGCUGUUUGAACCUAGGGAAGGGGUGGAGUUUAGCAAGCGUACAGAAGUUCCACUUCUGAAGGUUGAAUACUCAGUGUUCCAGACAGCACUAGUUCGUAUGAUCGCAGACUGGUUGGCGGGAAAAAUUGGUAUAGGCGCACCGGCGGAAGACUGGGAGCAGAAAGAUAUAGCAGAAGUGAAUCUUUUAGUAAAUGGUGCGGCGCAAGAUGUGCCUCUUGAGGAGGACACACAAUGUGUUUACGAUGAAAUGGUGAAAAUAAAAGUACCGGGACAUUUAAAGGUGGCAACUUCCCACCGAAGAUGGUUACGACUUACGUAUGAAUUUUUAGUGAAAAUAGGCGUCAAAUUUUCUGACAAAAUGUCUAACCUCAUAAAGAGACAUGACUUGAGUAAAUACACUCACAGGGAAGUGCUCGGGUAUGCGGUCAUGUUUGGAGAUGGGUCAAUUGACUGGAGACAUUUAGAAUUAGAAGCAGAAAAGAUAGAAUGGGAUAAUACCCUUCACAAUCACUACGCAGGGAAUCCCCAUCAUCCGGAAUAUUUCUAUCCUCUUGCUGAAGAUGGUAAAAGGGACAAGAGCGUGCCGAUGUUGAAACUAGACCCGGUAAAUGGUACAAAUUUCCUUGAUGAAAGUAUAAUCGACAUGCUGGCUGCUCGUGGGGAGAGGACCCUGGCCAGUGAUCCAAAAUUUAGCAUAAAGAAAUGGAUUGGUAUUGAUGAAAAGUACUUUUUCAGGUAUGCCGAGGAAGACAAAAAGUAUGUUAAAGACCAUUUGUCAAACUACGAAGAAUUAGCAAAAGUGUUCUUCUCCAGUGAAGACAAUGUUAAAACUCUACAGGGAUACUUUGAUGACAGACCUAUUGUUUUUCAGUUAUGAAUAUGAACCAUCCACUUACAAUGACGCAUGCGAGUUAGUUUAACUUUAUAAAAUAGUGCAGUAAAAUGUUUUUGCAAGUUCAAGCAAGAAAACGAAUGUUACAAAAAAAAUCGUCCAGAUAUGGCCGAAGUGUUACGGUUAUAUUCUUUUCUAAAAGAUGUUUAGUCAACUUGAAAUUCGGGCAUGAAAGAAAUUAGGUUUUGACACUGAACGAGUUCGAUUAAAUGUAGUUUAAUGUAGGUAAAGCCAACUAUAGGGGUUAUUUCACUGAUAUGGAAAAUAGGACAUCAAUCCUACUUCACUUCAGUAUGCUGUUAGCUUACUUCUUUAUGCAGUCACUUUUGUUUUGUGAGAAAAUAUGGGGGUUAGACAGAAAGAUAUGGUCAGCCAGAUAAAAGGGCCGGUUUUCUUUUGGCAUUAAAAACAACUGAUUUGAUGUUAACUCGGAUAUAUAUGGUCAAAGAAAGGCCUGUGCGCUUCUUUCAGAAAAUAAUAGACAUUUAUGUUCUAACAGUCUCAGGUAACACAUAAGGGCGCAAAUAUUUUUAGAAUAAACUAGGCCACAAUCAGCAACUCUUGACCUUUGCGAAGUGCAGAGCUUGAGUUUGAAUUAUCAUGAUAACUGUGUGUUUAUUUUAUGAGAUGUAUCUGAUUAUGAUCAAUAAAAUUUGUAUUUAACUUUUAAACCAAUGGUACGCUAAUCCCGAAGUCACGGGUAAAAAAAUGGAACAGACACGCCAACAACCGGAUUUAGGCGGCGGCGAACUCAGCGCCCCUUCAACCCCUUUAAAAUCCGAUUGGCACUGAUUUUUGAUUACCUUGAAAUUGUUACUUCAACCAAAUUAUAGAAGAAAUUUUCGUAAUGCUUCAAUCAACUAGACGUCAGCCAAAAAUAAAAUACAUGUAUAUAUA